ACUUUGCAGCCUCCCUGUAGUGAAGUGAUGGCAGCAAUAAAGCAGAAGAUCCUUAUAUAAAGCCCAGUGUGCAGCUUUCUUUCAACAGGGCGUGUUGGAGGAGCUCCUCGAUUUCUGGACAAAAGGUAGCGUCCUUACAGCGGCGAGAGGUGCGACCAAAUAGGGAAAAGUUAAAAGAAAAGAUUGCAUAGAGUACAAAAGUGUUAUUAUUUCUCUCUGUGUCAGAAUGGCUGUCGAAACGCUGACUCUGUGGCUCCUCCUGGUGGGGACGGUGCUGUCGCUGGGCAGCGGUCAGCACUGGUCAUUCGGGCUGAGCCCAGGCGGAAAGAGGGAACUGGAUGGCUUCCCAAACACGCUGGACAGCAUUUAUGAAGGUUUUGCACACAUGGCUGCGCCUUGCAACGUUCUGGGCUGUGCAGAGGAGUCACUGCCUGCCAAAAUCUACAGAAUGAAAGGACUUCUCGGGAGCGUGUCUGAGAGGGAACACGGACACCAGCCAUUCGAAAAAUGAUGUCUGGUGUGUUUUUAUGUGUUUAAUUCAGACGACAUUAGUUGCUGCAUAGCUUGG